AUUGGCUAACCGCGAUGGGUUGUGUGUUAUUGAAUCGUAUUGUCUAUAUGAACGUUGUGGUUAAGAUUUGAAUUUCUGAUCGAUCAAUAUUAAGAUCGGGUGCUUUUAAGACACACCUAGUGAUGUGAGACGCGAAAACUUAAAAAAAAUGUUUCGAGUUUUUCCGUUCAUGAGCUGCGUAUACGGCGAGUUCCUGCGGGGCACACUGAGAGCGCCCCCACGUGUCUGGGCGGCGGUGGGACAGCACUCCGCUGGGCUGCCGUGGAUUUUCACAGCAGGUAAAAAGGACUUUGUGGACCUUCCUGUCCUCAGUGAAGACCAUCUGGAAGAGCAGUUUGUCAGAGGAUCUGGACCUGGAGGACAGGCCACCAACAAGACCAGCAACUGUGUGGUGCUCAAACACGGCCCCAGCGGAAUUGUAGUGAAGGUUCAUUGCCAUGAGACCAGAUCUUUGGAUACAAAUCGAAAGCGUGCUCGAGAAAUCCUGAGAGAGAAACUGGAUGUGUUUUAUAAAGGAGAAGAGAGUGAAAUUAUUGUCAAGAAGAAAGAGUCCAUUCAUAAGAAAGCUGAGAAGAGGAGGAAGGCAAAUCAGAAUCUAGAGCGGAAAAGACUGUUUAAAGAAGGAUUGGCAGUGGACUCCAAACCAGAGUGACUUUUAAACAAAAUAUGUUAAAGUACAGAUUUUUAUGUAAUAUUGCAGUGUAUUGCUUUAGAUAACACAAGAUGGAGCUAAAGAAUGACAUGACUCCAACUUUU